UGCUGUGUGCUGAAUGAUAGUCAAGUGAAACUGGUCGUGUCCUUCUCUCCUCUCAACUUCGACUAGGAACUAGGAAGUAGGAAUCACCCUCUCCGAUUAUCUGGAGUGGCCGCCCUCUCAGGCCUGCUUCAUAUUGAUUAACAUGGCAGAUGGUUCACAAACUGCACCAGUAUUUCAGAAAAUACAUGGCCAGUCUUUCCUAUUCUCUCAGAUUUCUCCCCAGAUGCAUUCCAAGUAUGUUGGGUCAUACAAUUUGACUGGUGGGUAUGUCAAUGAAGUAAUGCUGAGUCGUUUGGUGCCAGAAACCCGAGGUGCGGGCCUGGGAAUUUUAUCGCUGCAGUCUCCAAUUCUUAUACAGGCUCCAUCUGAGAAGAAAGCUUCCAGUUUUGUGGUGGAUUUCCUCAUGGGAGGGGUUUCUGCUGCUGUCUCUAAGACUGCUGCUGCUCCGAUCGAGAGGGUUAAGCUUUUGAUUCAGAAUCAGGAUGAAAUGAUAAAAGCUGGUCGGCUUUCUGAACCGUACAAGGGGAUUUCUGAUUGCUUUGCCAGAACUAUCAGGGAUGAAGGCGCUCUUUCUCUUUGGCGGGGAAAUACAGCAAAUGUUAUUAGAUACUUCCCCACUCAGGCACUCAACUUUGCCUUCAAAGAUUACUUUAAGCGACUCUUUAAUUUCAAGAAAGACAGAGACGGCUAUUGGAAGUGGUUUGCAGGGAACUUGGCAUCGGGUGGGGCUGCUGGUGCCUCGUCCCUUCUGUUUGUCUAUUCCCUUGAUUAUGCCAGAACACGCCUGGCUAAUGAUGGCAAGGCUGCAAAAAAGGGCGGUGAGAGGCAGUUUAACGGUUUGCUCGAUGUUUACAAGAAAACGAUCCAGUCUGAUGGUCUUGCUGGGCUCUAUCGUGGAUUUACCAUCUCGUGUGUUGGGAUUAUUGUUUAUCGUGGGCUGUACUUUGGGAUGUACGACUCACUUAAACCUGUUGUUCUAGUUGGUGGCUUACAGGACAGUUUCUUGGCAAGUUUCUUACUGGGAUGGGGAAUCACUAUCGGUGCAGGCUUGGCCUCUUACCCGAUUGAUACUGUGCGAAGAAGGAUGAUGAUGACAUCUGGAGAGGCGGUCAAAUACAAGGGCUCGAUGGAUGCCUUUUCUCAGAUAAUAAAGAAAGAAGGCAGCAAGUCACUUUUCAAGGGAGCCGGAGCCAACAUUCUGCGAGCUGUUGCUGGUGCCGGUGUGCUAGCUGGGUACGACAAGUUGCAGCUCAUCGUUCUUGGAAAGAAAUACGGAAGUGGUGGCGGUGGUUAAUAUCCAUCGUCCAUCCAGAAAGCGCGAUAAUGACGAUAAGUGAAAGUAACAACCUGUGUAGGUUUUCUCAGCUCCUUCCUUUACUUUCAAUAAUGUUGGGGAACAAUGUAACUGCCCAGUGGUUGUUUAGGAUCCCAGAUGGUCAACAUAGAUUGAACAAUUAAUGUUGUUAUGCAGUGUCAGACCUCAGAUGGUUUUCUUGUAUAUAUCUAUAUAUAUAUAGUUGUUGCAGCAAA